CCGGACGUUUAUAACAAGUUGGAAUGCGGCGCCUGGGCGCGCGCUCCCGGGCAGCUGUGGGUUCCCGUGCGGGGCGCGGGUCGUGUGCCCCGGAUCUAGCUCUGCCCCCCGAGCCAGUCCCCACUCUGCACUCGCUCCAGCUAGCGAUGGAGUCGCUGGCUUUCCCCUGGCGCCCCAGCCCUGCUCCCUCGGUCGCCGCCGCCCUGGCCGACGGGCUCAAGUCGCCCAAGCCCCUAAUGAAGAAACAGGCGGUGAAGCGGCACCACCACAAGCACAACCUGCGGCACCGCUACGAGUUCCUGGAGACCCUGGGCAAAGGCACCUACGGCAAGGUGAAGAAGGCGCGGGAGAGCUCGGGGCGCCUGGUGGCCAUCAAGUCGAUCCGGAAAGACAGAAUCAAAGAUGAGCAAGAUCUGAUGCACAUUCGACGAGAGAUUGAGAUUAUGUCCUCACUCAACCACCCGCACAUCAUUGCCAUCCAUGAAGUGUUUGAGAACAGCAGCAAGAUUGUGAUUGUCAUGGAGUACGCCAGCCGGGGCGACCUGUAUGACUACAUCAGUGAGCGGCAGCAGCUCAGCGAGCGUGAUGCCCGCCAUUUCUUCCGGCAGAUUGUCUCUGCUGUGCACUAUUGCCACCAGAAUGGGGUUGUCCACCGGGAUCUCAAACUGGAGAACAUCCUCCUAGAUGCCAAUGGAAAUAUCAAGAUUGCUGACUUUGGCCUCUCCAACCUCUACUACCAAGGCAAGUUCCUGCAGACAUUCUGCGGGAGCCCCCUCUACGCCUCACCGGAAAUAGUCAACGGGAAGCCCUACACAGGCCCAGAGGUAGACAGCUGGUCCCUGGGUGUUCUCCUGUACAUCCUGGUACAUGGCACCAUGCCCUUUGAUGGGCAAGACCAUAAGACGCUGGUGAAACAGAUCAGCAAUGGGGCCUACCGGGAGCCGCCUAAACCCUCUGACGCCUGUGGCCUGAUCCGGUGGCUGUUAAUGGUGAACCCCACCCGUCGGGCCACCCUGGAGGAUGUGGCCAGUCACUGGUGGGUCAACUGGGGUUAUGCCACCUGUGUGGGGGAACAGACGGCUCUGCAGGAGCGAGGGCAGCCUGGCAGUGACGCCAGCCCCUCCAUGGCUGACUGGCUCCGGCGGUCCUCCCGUCCCCUCCUGGAGAACGGCGCCAAAGUAUGCAGCUUCUUCAAGCAGCACACACCUGGAGGUGGGAUCGUGGCUGGCCUGGAGCGCCAGCAUUCUCUUAAGAAGUCCCGCAAAGAGAAUGACAUGGCCCAGUCCCUCCAGGGGGACCCGGCUGGCGACCCCUCCCCUCGCCCUGGCAAGGGCAGCCUCAAGCUACAAGGCAUUCUCAAAAAGAAGGUGUCUGGCUCCUCAGAGCGGGCAAGGGAGGACUCUGAACUCAGCGCGGUCCCUGAGCCCGGGCAGGCUGCCCCCCCGCUUCCCAAGAAGGGCAUCCUCAAGACGCCUCGGCAGCGGGAAUCUGGCUACUACUCCUCUCCUGAACCCAGCGAGUCCGAGCUCUUGGAUGCAGGGGACGUGUUCAUGAGUGGUCCCCGGGAGCAGCAGCCCCCCCAGGCCUUGGGGCUGCUCCGCCGCAAGGGCAUCCUCAAGCACAACGGCAAGUUCUCCCGCACAGCCCUGGAGCGCACAGCCACCACCACCUUCGGCUCCUUGAAUGAACUGGCCUCACCUUGCUGUCCAUCCCGGGCCAGCCGCCCCUCGGGGGCUCUGAGUGAGGAGAGCAUCCUGUCUUCUGAGUCCUUUGACCAGCUGGACUUGCCUGAACGGCUCCCUGAACCCCUGCUGCGGGGCUGUGUGUCUGUGGACAACCUUAUGGGGCUUGAGGAGCCCAACUCAGAGGGCCCUGGAAGCAGGGGCCUGAGGCGCUGGCGCCAGGACCCCUUGGGGGAAAGCUGCUUCCUCAUGGACUGCCAGGAGGUGACAGAGGCCUAUCGACAGGCACGGGUCUGCUCAAAGCUCAGCUGAGGGUGGGGGGGCAUUAUUCUAAGAUGCACCUGGCAACUCCCUGAGGAGAGACUGCCUUCUCCCCAGCCUCCCAGGACCAGCAUUCCAGCCCAGAAGGCUGAGAUGGUUUGCAGUUAAGCGCUGGGGAGGGCUGGAUGUGGGAAAUGGGCAAGUGAAAUGCAUUGAGGAUUCAAUGUCUUCAGCCCUGUCAAACCAAGAAGAUAGAGGGGGAAAGAGUAGAGAAGUAGAGGGGAAGGCCCAUGGCCAAGUCUGGAUUGCUGUUUCGUGCACACGUGGUCGGACCAUAGAAAUCUGGAAAAAGCACUCUUGUCAGUACCCAUCUCCUUUAUUGCAAUGAGUAAGUUCUGUGCGUGGUGCCUUCUUGCCAAGGUGGGGAUGGGAACUCCUCAGAUACUCAUCCCCAUCCUCACCAGGCACUAAAACUGAAAUAUGGAACUCCCUGAUGUGCCUGCAUCAUCCUGGAACCGUUCUAGAGUGUACCCUUUAUUUCUCCCAGCAGUAAGAGAACAUGACCUCUUUCCUCAAAGGUUCUCUCUCCUUUCCCAACCUUCAAACCUGGCCCAAGCCUCCUGGACUCGCUGCUAUGAAUCUGAAAGACUUGAAAAGCCUCAGGCUGCUAUUGGACUUCAUCUCAAGGGGCCCAGAUUCCCCUGGACCCCCCCACGUUGGACCUCAAAGACUCUGAACUUCUCUAGCCUCCAAGCUGCUCCUGCUACUCAGAAUGGAUGUGUCUAUUUCUCUGGGCUUUCAGGACCCUAAAAUGUCUUAUUUAUAUUUUCAGCUCUGUGUUUUUUAAAAAGUGAAUCUUACUGUUUUCAAUAAUGUGAAUACUAUGUUCUGGAAAGUCCACUAUGACAUCUAACUUUUGUGUAUAGAGAGAUAUUUUUGCAAUGAUUCUCUACUGAUCCUGGGGGAAGGGGGAUCUUUUAUAAAUCCACACGUUCCAUUGCACUGUCCAGUCCCUGAUUUUGUCUCCCUCAUCCACUCCCUGAUUUCCAGUCCCUGAUGGUCCCUCUUCCCUUCUCUUUGGCCAGGAAUAGCCAUUCCAUUAAAAACCAGAAUGGUGAUUGAAAAUAACCUCUGAUACUGUUUGAGGACCUGAGACACAGGUCUCUUUGAGCCUUCUCUUAACACACCUCCUGGGCUGUCACAGAUGGGAAAUAGAGAACCUGCUUAACAAAAAUAAAGCAC